CAAAUACAUCUCAACAUGUCUCAACAGAGAAUAGCACUAGGAGGUCAGGCAAUUAAUUAUUACCGAUAUGGUGAACGAAAAGAUUGUUCACAACGAUGGCAAAGUCUUAAAUUCUGUAUACAAUUAAAGUCAAAAUCUUUAGAAGAACGAAAGAAAAUGAUUUUGGAAAGAGAAGCAAUGAAAGAAGCCAAGUAUACAAAGCAAAAAAGUUCAUUGGAUGUUUGGGAACUGAGGGGGUAG